UUUGUGAUUUGUAUAUUGAUUUUGAACUUUGUGAUUUGUCUAUUGAUUUUGAACUAUGCUUUUUUCUAUGUGCCGAGUUUGAAUCUAUCUUGAUUGAGGUAUCCAUUCUUCAGUUAAUGGGCUCGCUGAGUUUUGACAAAAUUUGACCAAAAAUAAGCUUUGACAAUCAAAGGGUUGCUGAGUGGGUCAUUGUUGUUUUCAAUCGCCUCCGUCAUCCUCCGUGUCACCGUCUUCAACAUCCUAAAUCUCAUACCAUUCAACAUCCUGCAUCCAUGGGGAAGAAAGGAGGAGGCAAAAAACCGCCAAAAUCAGAAAUAAGGUCUCAAAACCCUGUUACUUUGAGGGAAGAAGCAACUGGAAAAAUAAAAAAGAAGCCAAUGACUAACACCAAGUCACAUUUGAGAAUUGAACACUUAAAAAAGCUUGCAGUGUGGGCCACCACCGACCCUCACAUACCGUCUUUGGGAGCCUUCUACAGGCAGCAUUUGGCCACCGUUUCAGAGGCUGCCGGAGUACCUCCUGAUCCUUCUUUAAUCACUUGCCAAAGGUGCGAGACUGUUCUUCAUCCCGACUUUAAUUCAACUGUACGGAUUGAGAAGAAUAGAUCAAGGGUCAGGAAUAGGCACAAGAAGUCUGGCAACAUCGCUCAAAACAAUAUAGUGUACACGUGUCAUUUCUGUUCACAUUAGAAUCUCAAGAGAGGUACCCCUAAGGGACAUUUAAAAAAGAAUCAUCAUUUACAUCAAACAACAAUCACAUAUGAAUGGCUAAAGGAGCUAUAUAGAAAACAUAUAUCAAGACAUUACAUCAGUUUUUCGUUGAAAGACAUCUUUUUAAAGUAAGCUAAUUUCAUUAUUAAAAAAGUAACUUUUAAAAUAAUUUGUAUUCAAUGUUGGCAUGAA